ACACAUGUUCAAAAAGCGUAAACAAAAGUGACAGUUGUGCUGGUACACGUUUUAGUGAAAAUCUUCCGGUGCCGAUUGCUCAAAAAUAUGGAAAAAGGGGAUCUUAUAAAACAGAUAAACACGCUGCAUUCGCUUGUUAAAGCAACGCGUGCUAAAAUCAUCCGUGACGUUAUACGUGACAAGAAAGAAUGGGCCGCUAAAGUAACCAGGAAUAGUUCCAACCUCCGGGCGAAAAGAAGAGCAGAAACAUUCGAGGCCAUGGUGAAUCAUAUAAAAUCGAUUCCUUCUUCCGAGCUGCUUGAAGAAGUGCUGCGAUAUCAACCUGUGAAGCAUGGCAUACCAGCACCAUUAGCGCACCGCACUAUAGCGCGAUUUAUGCAAGACGCAAAAUUAAAUCGUUACCUAAAAUCCAUCGAAAGUCAGUUCGGCGCAGGUGCACAUUCGAUGUUUCUUGAUGCAGUUCAACAAAAACAAAAGAUCAAAUCAUCUGUAAAUAAGAAACGAAUUAAGCAAGUGCAGAUAAUCAAGAAAAAGCUACCAAAGCAAAAACGGCUCAAACAUAUAGCCAACAAAAAACAAAAAACGAAAAGUAUUGAAGAGGAUUUGUUACAGGGAACGGAUGAUAAGAAAAAACAAACGACAUUAGUAUGUGACGUGUCUGAGUCCGACGUGGAUUUUGAAGAAUUGGAUAUGGGAAGUGACGAAUCCUUAGAAUCAGAUGGUGAAGAGGAACUAGACCAACGAAGCGAGCUGAACAUGUCCGUGAGUGAAGAUGAGCAUUAUUCUAGCAAUGAAGGACCUCUCGAUCAUUGCGCAACACGGUUAGGCAAUCCGGAAUUCAACAACCCUAAUCAGUCGUCUCUAAAAAACAAAAAACAAACCAACAAAAAAAAGCUAGCUAAUUAUAAAACCCCCGAAGAAGAAGAUGAUAAAGAUGGAUAUCAGAUGAUAACUGAUAGUUUCUUCAUUACGGACUCGGGUGAACAGUAUGUGGCGGUAGCUCCAAAGUUCAAACCACAGGCAGAUGACGAUGUGGAAAAAUAUGAAGAAAGCUGGAAAUUAAACAAUAGAAAACGACGAAGAGAGCAACACACGACAAAUGCUGGUGAUACCGAAGCAUAUGAUACAGAUUGGAACCAGCCUGAGGCAAGCAAAGUGAGUGUAAAUCAUGUCAUGAAAAGCAAAUCCACUCGCUACGAGGAACCGCAUAUGUUCGGUUCAUCGUUCAUAAAUGAGCAGGAUUUGCAUCCAUCGUGGGCAGCCAAACAAGCUCAAAAAGGAAUUAAACCUUUCGCUGGCAAGAGAGUUUUGUUUGACGCUGAAGGCGAUGGUGGAAGCUCUACAACUUAUAACCAGCAAGCUACAGGAAAGUUUAAAACUCAAAAUGGAGAUCUUCAUCCAUCGUGGGCAGCAAAACAAGCUCAAAAAGGAAUUAAACCUUUCGCUGGAAAGAAAGUUCUGUUUGAUGCUGAAGGCGAUGGUGGAAGCUCUACAACUUAUAACCAGCAAGCUACAGGAAAGUUUAAAACUCAAAAUGGAGAUCUUCAUCCAUCGUGGGCAGCAAAACAAGCUCAAAAAGGAAUUAAACCUUUCGCUGGAAAGAAAGUUCUGUUUGACGCUGAAGGCGAUGGUGGAAGCUCUUCAACUUAUAACCAGCAAGCUGCAAACAAGCUCAAAGCAAAAAAUGAUGAUCUUCAUCCAUCGUGGGCAGCAAAACAAGCUCAAAAAGGAAUUAAACCUUUUGCUGGCAAGAAAGUUCUGUUUGACGCUGAAGGCGAUGGUGGAAGCUCUUCAACUUAUACCCAGCAAGCUCCGGACAAGUUCAAUACAAAAAAUGGCGAUCUUCAUCCAUCGUGGGCAGCAAAACAAGCUCAAAAAGGAAUUAAACCUUUUGCUGGCAAGAAAGUUCUGUUUGACGCUGAAGGCGAUGGUGGAAGCUCUUCAACUUAUAACCAGCAAGCUGCAAACAAGCUCAAAGCAAAAAAUGAUGAUCUUCAUCCAUCGUGGGCAGCAAAACAAGCUCAAAAAGGAAUUAAACCUUUUGCUGGCAAGAAAGUUCUGUUUGACGCUGAAGGCGAUGGUGGAAGCUCUUCAACUUAUACCCAGCAAGCUCCGGACAAGUUCAAUACAAAAAAUGGAGAUCUUCAUCCAUCGUGGGCAGCAAAACAAGCUCAAAAAGGAAUUAAACCUUUCGCUGGAAAGAAAGUUCUGUUUGAUGCUGAAGGCGAUGGUGGAAGUUCUUCAACUUAUAACCAGCAAGCUCCAGACAAGUUCAAAGCAAAAAAUGGUGAUCUUCAUCCAUCGUGGGCAGCAAAACAAGCUCAAAAAGGAAUUAAACCUUUCGCUGGCAAGAAAGUUAUGUUUGAUGCUGAAGGCGAUGGUGGAAACUCUUCAACUUAUAACCAGCAAGCUCCAGACAAGUUCAAAGCAAAAAACGGCGAUCUUCAUCCAUCGUGGGCAGCAAAACAAGCUCAACAAGGAAUUAAACCUUUCGCUGGAAAGAAAGUUCUGUUUGAUGCUGAAGGCGAUGGUGGAAGCUCUUCAACUCAAGCUGCAAACAAGUUCAAAGCUAAAAAUGGUGAUCUUCAUCCAUCUUGGGCAGCCAAACAAGCUCAAAAAGGAAUUAAACCUUUUGCUGGAAAGAAAGUUCUGUUUGAUGCUGAAGGCGAUGGUGGAAAUUCUUCAACUUAUAACCAGCAAGCUCCAGACAAGUUCAAAGCAAAGCAUAGCGAUCUUCAUCCAUCGUGGGCAGCAAAACAAACUCAAAAAGAAAUUAAACCUUUCGCUGGCAAGAAAGUUCUGUUUGGUGCUGAAGGCGAUGGUGGUAACUCUUCAACUUAUACCCAGCAAGCUCGAGCCAAGUUCAAUACAAAAAAUGGCGAACUUCAUCCAUCGUGGGCAGCAAAACAAGCUCAACAAGGAAUUAAACCUUUCACUGGAAAGAAAGUUCUGUUUGAUGCUGAAGGCGAUGGUGGAAGCUCUUCAACUCAAGCUCCAGACAAGUUCAAAGCAAAAAAUAGCGAUCUUCAUCCAUCGUGGGCAGCAAAACAAACUCAAAAAGAAAUUAAACCUUUCGCUGGCAAGAAAGUUCUGUUUGACACUGAAGGCGAUGGUGGAAGCUCUUCAACUUAUACCCAGCAAGCUACAGGAAAGUUUAAAACUCAAAAUGGUGAUCUUCAUCCAUCGUGGGCAGCCAAACAAGCUCAAAAAGGAAUUAAACCUUUCGCUGGCAAGAAAGUUCUGUUUGACGCUGAAGGCGAUGGUGGAAGCUCUUCAAAUCAAGCUCCAAACAAGUUCAAAGCAAAAAAUGGUGAUCUUCAUCCAUCUUGGACAGCCAAACAAGCGCAAAAAGGACUUAAAUCCUUCACCGGGAAAAAGACGGUAUUUAAUGAUGGAGAUGGAAAUUAGACAGAUAAGCCCUCACAGACAGCCCUCAACAUUAACAGUUAGGAGCACCGAAUUGCAACCUUCCUGGUAGCAAAGAAAAGCGCAAAAAGUCAUUCUUUUGCGAAUGCAAACCAUUCGCGGUUACGAAAAUUAGUGUUGAUGACUACUAAUAAAUACACAACAAUCGCGAUAGGUAUAUGCUCGAUUAUAUUAGUAUAGUGUAUAUUGUAAAGCUAAAAUAAAGAAGGAUCUUGCCUCGGCAUUUCCGUUUAGAGUA